AUGGUUUGCUUCUCCAAGGUGCUGGGGGUGUUGCUACCUGCAAUUGUAGCUGCCGGCGGAGCUUCAACCGACCCAAAAUCGCAGCUUCCGGAAUACUUUGCCACCUAUGAAAUGGUAGUCAAUUUCAAGCCGUCAGAGACGAUGCCAGUCACUGCCCAGUACCCCGUUGUGCCUUUGACGACGGGAGUUGGCUUGAACGCAACUCUGUCCACGCUCAACGCAAUAUCCGUUCAGGGUACAAUGGUCAGCGUGGAUCAGAGCAACUACAAUUUGUUCAACGAUUCCAGCCGGAUCGCUUAUGUGUCUUGCGAUCCGAAUUCAGGAAACAUUUCUCCGAGUGAUAUUCUCAACGGUUUGAUGGAUCUGCCCAAUCAUCCGAAGGCGAUUCUUCUAUACACGACCAAUACCGCGAUGCAUUAUUGCUCACUUGUGGGGAACGACCUUACCUAUCAGUCCAUUUGGAGCAUGGUCAGCUCUGAUGAUGCCUGGGCCGCAAAGAAUUUGACUGCAGCUGCUUCUUCGAGCACUUUGGUGGCGGGUAUAAGCGGCAACGGCACCACGGCUGGAUCAGGAGCAAGUACAGACACAAAUGGUGGAAACAACUCUGCCGUUGCUAUGAGCAUCUUGUACAGUAUUACCGGAUUGAUCACGCUUUUGUUCCUGGUGAUCAUUGCAACUGGAGCUGUGCGCGCACACCGGCAUCCCGAAAGAUACGGCCCACGUGCUGGGUAUGGGGGCCGCCCGAGGCAAAGCAGAGCCAGAGGGCUUGCAAGAGCUGUCCUUGAGACUCUUCCCAUUGUCAAGUUUGGUGACCCGCAACCUGUCAAGGGCGAUCCGGACCAAGAAUUAGGGAGCGUAGACGGCGACCGUCGACUAGACUCCCCCAAGCCUGUUCCGACAACAUCUCCGGACGCAGCAGCAAUUCAAAGUGCUGCCUCGACAAGAGUUGAAACUGAACGUCUGCCCGACGUCCCAGCGGCCUCGGGAGAAGCCGGUGCCAGCAAGGAUAGUACUAUACAGGAUGAGCACCUAGGAUGUACCAUUUGUACGGAAGACUUUACUGUUGGGGAAGACGUCAGGGUCCUUCCGUGUGAUCACAAAUUUCAUCCUGCCUGCAUUGACCCGUGGCUGGUUAACGUUCGUCUCGAUCUUCGUCCUCAAGGCUCCGCGAGUGAUGCGAGGAAUUCUGCUGAGCAGCCUGGUACCACCACUGAGGAAGGAGCUGCCCAGCAAAGCACUGAGCCACAGGAGAGACAGGAUCGGCGCAGGUCGCGCCUAUUGGACUGGAACCGACUGCGACACGCAUCCGUUGACGAACGAAUCCAGGCUUUGAGGCAGAUACGCGAGCAAGGUCGCUCAACCGAGGAAGGCGCCCAGCAGUUCACGCAGCACACAAGACUUACAGACAGGCUGCGGGAAAAGUUUCAUAUACGCACGCGGACACAGUCGUAG